CCUGAACAGUACUUUUUGACUAAUAAAUCCCCCAAAAAAAAAGAUUAAACACGCUUUUCUAACUUUCUUUUUGGCUCAUUCAAUCUCAUUCUUUUCACAGUUAUACUUCUACACUUUCUUUUGCCUUAUUUAUAGUAUAAUUUAUCGUUGUAUGCCGUAAAAGCCAUAGAGUAAAAUGGACUUGGACCAGAAUCGUGUCUCAGUGAGUGCGUUACCAGACUAUGCUGAUCCUGACUAUUUUGACUAUGGUGCGAUUAGCAAGCAAACCAGUGUUCAUCGCACUUCACCUAAGCAUUCUACCGAUCACAUUGGUAGCGUAAAAUCAACAACCGACUAUAUUUUUGGAGAUAUUAUUGGAGACGGGUCGUUUUCAAAGGUGAAACGGGCUACUGACAAACGUAGCUGGAAGGAAUAUGCCGUUAAGGUUCUGGAUAAACGCUAUAUAGUUAAAGAAAAUAAGGUGAAAUAUGUAAAUAUUGAGCGUGAUUCUAUGAUGAGGCUCAACGGGUUUCCUGGAAUCGCCCGUUUAUUCCACACAUUUCAGGAUGAUUUAAAGCUUUAUUAUGUCCUCGAAUAUGCCCCCAAUGGCGAACUACUACAAUAUAUAAAAAAGUAUCGCUUUUUAAACGAAGCUUCUGUCCAGUUUUAUGCAGCGGAAAUCCUAUCAAGUAUAGAGUUCAUGCAUUCCUGUGGUAUAAUUCACCGGGACCUGAAGCCUGAAAAUAUUUUGUUUGAUCACAAUAUGCAUAUAAAAAUAACCGAUUUUGGCACAGCCAAAAUUCUUCCUCCAAAGUAUGCUGAAUGUCCUGAAUCUACCACGUUUCCAAGCUCGUUCGUCGGUACUGCUGAAUACGUUGCACCAGAGCUUCUCUCAAAACAAGCGGUCUCUAAAAGUUCUGAUAUUUGGGCAUUUGCUUGCGUCGUUUAUCAGAUGAUCGUUGGGUCCCCUCCUUUUCAUGGUAGAGAUCCAGGUAUAAUUUUCAGGAAAAUCAUGAAUCUCGAAUAUGAUUUGCCCAAACUAUUACCUGCUGAAAUAGUCCCUCUAUUCAACUGUAUCUUUCGUUUACAAACAUCUGACAGACCAUCUAUCCAAGAAUUGAAACACUUCUCCUUUUUCAAAGGGAUUUCAUGGAAAGAUUUGUUUUUUCAAUCCCCUCCUCCACUACAACAUUUACGACCUAAUUAUCGUCAUGUUCCUGUAAACUCUCUCCCACCUUCUUAUCGAUCAAACAUGACAGCAGCGGCUGCUGCCAGUGCAGCAGCUGCCCGUGCUUCUGCUUCCAUAGUAAGGCAUCAUAAGGGAGCCGUUCCCAGUCAAAAAAUGGGCAACUCAUUCAACAAAAAAUCUGUUUCCCCUCCUGCCCAUUAUGGACAGGCAACUCUACGUAACACUCAACAGCCAAUAGACCGGUUGUAUAAAACUUUGUUCUCUUCAGACGAAUCUAUCGUCGAAUCCUCAUCUGUUUUUUUGAGUUUGACUGCUCCUAUGUCAGAGGGAAGCAAAUUUCCCUCUGGAAUAACAAAGAUGUUUUUGAAAAAGAGGUCUCGAGUAUUGCUGUUAACUAAUACGGGACGCUGUGCUUUCGUAACAAAGGGAAAAAAUGAUAAAAUUGUUAUUGACGGUGAAAUCAACUUGAAUGAUCCUUCAGUUGAAGUACGAUUCGAUGAUAAUAAUCCUAAAAGGUUCUUGCUUAAUUUAGAUAAACAAGCUUGGAUCGUCGAAGACACUUCUGGAAAUGCAUACCGUUUGAGAGAGGUAAUUGACAAACUAAAAAAUGGCAGUCGCUCUUCUUUCGAUCGGUCUUCUUACGAAGACUAGAGUUUUGGUUAUUUGAUGAUAUUUAUUUUAUUUAUUUUGCGGUUAUUGAUUUUACUCAUUUUAGUUAAUUAUAUGUGUA